GUUGUGUUGUUGCUGCUGUUUGUCUGGCCAGGUUUAACUUGUUUGCUUUGCUAAUGGAAUAAGGGCAGAGUGGGUAAACGGUUCUGACAUGUUUAAUGUAUUAAGCAUCCAUCUAGUAGAGCCAGCGGCGGCCCCAGUGUUCCAGGGUCGUCUAAUAAAUGCAUCACGGCAGCCAUUGACGUUGAUAUCCUGUAUCCCGAAAUCGUUGCCAACCCGUUCGAUCGAUCUUGGGUGUGCAAACUUUGAGGCAAGCAAGGUAAGCAGUAGUAGGGUGGAGGGGAAAUGAAAAAAAAAAACAGUCAAGAUAUAACCGUUCCUUCCCGUAGCUGACGUACGAUUGCAUCAACGCUGGUUAGGGCCCACGACCCGCGAUGACACGCUGACGUUGAUGGUUGUAUUAAAUUUUCCACCACCGGCCAAAUCAAUCCCGGCGACAACUCUUCUAGGGCUCGCCGGAUACAUACCGGUCGGGAGAUGGUUGAGUUAAUGAGCAUACAAAACCACACACACACACACACACACCAUACAACGCACAGUGCAAUUGAGCGCGAGUACAUGCGCGAAUGGCCCUUGGGAUGAUCGGGGAGGUGGGCAGAAAUCGGGGGUACGACCUCCUCUUCUCUAGCGUUUCUGGUAGUGCAAAACGAAGACGCACAACACCACAACAACAAUUCCCGUACACUUCCGCUAAAUUGAAUAAUGCGACCAAUCCAUUUCGGCAUCCUUCCUCAAGUGGUCGCCGUGGCGUCUUGAUUGGAUAAUGGAAUUCUUACUUUCGCGCGCGCACACUCGCUUGCGCUCUGCUCCUCCCCGUAAGCACGUUAAUAGGCGGAACGCGCGGAACUUUCUGCGGGCGCGCGAGCGCCUGGUACACGCGGCCAUCAGCCUGUGCGUGACCGGUCGCAACUUUUAGUCGUUCGGUUGAUCUUAAGACGAAAGGACGCCCAAAGGAAAACCCCCCUCUGUGUGUGUGUGUGUCAGUUUUAUGGUGAUUUUUGUUUGUUUGUUUGUUUUUGUCCUGAUCCAGAAGGGAACCACUUCGAUUGGUGGCAGCCUCGAGAGUUCCGUUACGACCUCGGGUUGUAGUUUGGUCUGAGCAGGCGGCGACGCCCGUUGACGGAGGAGUGCAAAAGCGAAGUGAAAAGCGAAAGCCAAGUCUACACCCACCCCGCCCCAAAGAUGGGACGGCACCCUCUGUCCCUGGUGAUGGUGGUCCUAGCGAUCAUGCUGCUGCCGUACGGCUACACCUGGAAGGAGUACCGGAUACGGCGCAGCAUCGAUCUGUCCGCCGCGAAUCCACUGAUCUCCGACACGAAGCUGCCGACCGAUCUGGUCCCGUCCGGAUACAGCCUCCAUCUGCACCCGGUGCUGGACCGGUCGAUCUUCUCCGGGCGCGUCAACAUUACGCUGCUGUGCGCGAAGGCCACCAAUCAGAUCAACCUGCACGCCCACCACGACCUGACCGUGGACGAGCUCGAGCUGGAGGUGGUGCGGAUCGGAGAAGCCGAGGGCGGCACCAAGGUGCCGAUAAGGCGCGUCGACCGCGUGCCGAAGAAGCCGCUGCUCGUGAUCUACUUUCACGAUGCGCUGACCGCCGGGGCGGCGUACGAGGUGCGGCUCCGCUUUGUCGGCAACAUCUGGGAGAACGUGGAGGGCAUCUUCGAGGGCAAGUACAAGCAGCAGCAAUCGACGGGUCCAUCGGAGCCAGCGGGCACGGAAUCGGAAGGUGUGACCGAGCCCGAGGAACAUUCGUUCAUCGGCACGUACUUCCGGCCGCACCAUGCACGGCGUGUGUUUCCCUGCUUCGAUGAACCGUCGUACAAGGUGCCGUUCAAUGUGAGCAUUGUGCGCCCCCGCACCCAUCACGUCCUGUUUAAUACCGCGCUGGAGCGAACGGUCGAGACUGGCGAUGGCAAGCACGUGAUCGAUGUGUUCAAGCAGACCCCGCCGAUGUCUACCUUUACGUUCGGGUUUCUGGUGUCGGACCUGCAGCAGGUGACGCCGUCCCUGUCGGACGAGAAGGAGGACGAACGGUUGAAGCCGACGAUUCGUGUCUGGGCACGCCGUGACUUCCAGAAGAAUGUGGCCGACGUGCAGCAGCGGGUAAAGCUGGCGCUGCGCAAGCUGCAGGAGUACUGGGGUGUGCCGUUGCCGCUGGAAAAGCUGGACGUGGUGGCACUGCCCGGGUUCUCGUACGUCAAACCGGCGGACAACUGGGGCUUGAUCGUGUUCAAGGAAAGUGAGCUGAUGAGAGGAUACUACAACCUGGCCCAGGAGCUCGUCUACCAGUGGCUCGGCUCGUGGAUUACUCCGCACUGGUGGAGCGAUGCGCACGUGAACAAGGCGAUCGCCGGCUUCCUGUCCGCCGACACCGCCAUCAAAAUCGAUGGCGGCGACGAGUUCGAGGGCAAGUACCCGAUGACCAUCCUGUACUCGAUCUACUACGAGUUCAGCAAGCGCUACCCGCACUCGCGCAUCACCGCGAUGAAGCAGGAGACGACGUGCAGCAAAACCGAGCUGGUGCUGCGCAUGCUCAACUACACGCUCGGCGAGGCGACGUUCCGGCGCGGCCUGCAGCGCUUCAUCCAGCACCGCGAGUACAAAACGUUCUACGGCGAGGACGUGUGGGAGGCGCUCACCAAGCAGGCCCACCUCGACCAGCGGCUGUGCGAAUCGGUCACCGUGAACGACGUGGUCAACUCGUGGAUCACCAAGGACCGCAUCCCGAUGGUGCGCGUGGUGCGAUCGUACGCGAACCGUACCGCCACCGUGACGCAGCGGCUGUACCUGCGCGAGCGGCCGCAUGACGUGCCGGAACAGGACAAGAUGCUCUGGUGGAUACCGCUGGUGGUGGUGCGGCAGGAUCGGCUCAACUUCGGCAACGUCAGCACGAUCCGGUGGAUGAAGCAGGUGCGCGAGGUAACGCUGGACGAGCUGCCCGGACCGGACGAGUUCAUCAUCGUCAACCCGGAGGAGAUUGGCCCGUUCCCGGUGAACUACGACGAGCGGAACUGGAAUCUGCUCGCGACCUUCCUGCAGAAGGAGGAAAGCCGCACCAUGAUUCCGGUGUACACACGAGCGAAGCUGCUGCACGACGCCUGGAACCUGGCGUACGCGGGCGAUCUUAGCUUCGGCACGGCCUUCAACAUGACGCUCUUCAUGAAGUACGAGCGCAACCAUCUGGUGUGGAAUCCCGUCUUCACGCUGAUCGACCAUAUCGGCCGGCACAUCGACAUGUCGGCGGUGCACAAAAAGUUCGAGAUGUACGUCCGCACGCUGCUGACGCCACUGUACGAGGAGCUGGUCGGCAACCAGCAGGAGAGCGAGGAGAUGUGGAAGGCGAACCUUCGCUCGCUGGCGAAGAACUUCCUGUGCCGCGCCGGGUACAAGCCGUGCAUCGAGGAGGCGCAGCGCGCGUUCAAGAAGUGGAUGGACAGCCCGGACCCGGACGCGGGCAAUCCCGUGGCGAAUCAGUUCAUCUGCCCGGUGUUCAAGUGGGGCACGCGCGAGGAGUGGGAGUUUGGGCUGCAGCGCGUCAUCAACUUCCCGGAGUCGCGCGUCAAGAGCGAGCGCACGUACCUGCUGAAGACGCUGGCCGGCUGCCCGAGCCAACCGUUCAAGAUCGACCGGCUGCUGAACAUCAUGGUACUGGAGGACAACGGCAACUUUACCGACAACGAUAUUAGCCUGAUCUUCAAGAUGCUGUCCGGCGGGUCGAGCGGCUACUCUACGCUCUUCAACUUCCUGAAGAACAACUGGGAUGCAAUCAAGCUGCGCUUCAAGGACCGCGAGUCGCUGUGGGACAACAUGAUCAACUCGGCGACCGGCCUGUUCACCACGCAGGAAGGGUACGACAUGGUGUCGCAGCUGUACGUGCAGCACCAGGGCGAGUUCGGCACCGCGGAGCACAUCAUCGAGAAGUCGCUGAAGAACAUCAAGGAGGAGACGAAGUGGAGCGACGAGAAUCUGCCGGUCAUCGAGCAGUGGCUCGACCACUUCCUCGCCAGCAACGGCGUGGCGGACCAGAAGUUUCUCGGCUAGCCACCGCGUACGGUGUAGGAAUGAAGCGGUUGGAUGUUGGACAGGCCGAGAGCAGAUAGUACCAGGUCUGCGGGCAAUAGAUGCACACGCAUCUCACAGGGAAAGGAGCCACGAGAGAGAGAGAGAGAUAUAUAGAGAGAGGAUUGCCAAACGGUAGCUAUUUGUUUUUUGCGUCUACUUCUUCCGUUUUUUUUGUUGUUGUAUCCUGCUCUAGAGAGAUAGCGUAGCGCCUAUAGUUAAGUGUCUGCUGUCCGUGUCAAGCCGGUAGAUAGGUUAGGACGCGGUUAAAGGGGUGGAAUUCUAGUCCUACCCCACCCUAACACACAGCAGAGGAGACGGCUGGUCAAAGGAAAAAAUACAAAUAAAAAGACCGUCUUACCAA